AUGCUCUCAGACCUAGACCUUUCCGCUACAACUUCCCCACUCGUCUUGAUAUCUUCUCUUCUCUUCACCGAUAUUCCCGCAACCACUAGUUAUACCCUACACUGGUCACGCCUCCCAGAUACCUCACAUCGAUUCCUUUAUAAACUUUCAGAUUUCUACCUGAUACCACGAUCGCUCAUACCUAGCAAAAGUCUACCACCGUCGGAUCUCACUCGACUGGCAUCCAUAGGCCACUGCACACGCUCAACAGCCACUCCCGCUCAAGCAUUCACCAGACCAUAUCAUACUCGAUCGAAAGUCGUCCAAAUACCAUGCCCAAAGUUGCAACUACCAACCGCCGACACAUCCUGCUUCAAAGUCGAAGACUCGCCCUCGAGGCCCAGGUGGCGGGGCUCGUGGCAGCCCAAGCCGAAACUCAACAGAAAGUGAAUCAGAUCGACAAGAAAUUGACACUCAUCGAAAGAGCCUCGGAACACGACAAGGCAGUAAACGCCGCGACCGAGCUAUACUUCAUCGAAGCCUUGGAGCACCACAAAGGUCUGCACGCAGCAAUCAUCACCCUGCAAGACCAGAUCAACUCUUUCGAGCAUUCGGACGAAAAGACCGAAGCCAUCCGCGCCACUAUGUCCACCCUCUUGAACCAUCUUGGGGCCAUGGGAGACUCUGCCGGAAAGGUCGCUACUGUCAUCAGGUCGAAUCCGCCGCUCGCUCAAAUCGAUUCGAAAGGUCCUACCGCUGAGCAAAACCCGUCGGUCUAGCGGCCUCCGAAUCACUUCAUCCAACGUCGCCGCCUCGGCCCAAUCUCGAUGACAUCCGUCAUCUCACGCUCAUUGAAAGCCUAUCGGACACCCAUCCCAAAGCUCCCAUCGUAAUUCAAAUCUCUAAAACGAUUCGCACGACACAUAUAACCACCUGCAUAAACUAGCGUAAUAGAUCGGACAAAGCCUGAUCGAUGUUGACUGCGAGCUCUCACACAUCACGUUUGUCCGU